AUGAACAACGAAUACCAGUACUACCAAGAUGAAAGCGGCCAAUGGUAUUACUCCACCGGCGACGGAAACUGGUACCCUUGUGCUCCUCCGGUGCAUGAUGAAAAUGUCGAGACCGGAAGUGAAACUGCAGACUACGUUUCCGAACGAUACCGUGAUGAAGACCGCCGUCGUCGACUUCACAGCAGCAAAGGCCGCCGUGCUCACAAGAAGGAGAUGGACGACGAAGUCGAAGAAAUUAUGAAGUCCUUCGAGGACAACUCGCACAAGUCAUCCAAGUCUGGCGAUCGAUCCGACAAGAAGAAGAAGAAGAAGCGAUGA